CUGUGUACAGGCUGCUGUAUGUGGGCAGGGCUCUCUGUCUCCUGCUGUUCUCCUCACACUCAGCUGAAAGUGGUGCUGAUGCUGGAGUCUCCGCAUCACCUGCAGUGAGCAUCACUGGAGUCCCGGAGCAGCUCUGACAGCCGCUGCCUGUAUGUCCACCAAAGCGAGAGGAUCCAGAUUUCACAAAGGAGUGUCGUUCUCUGGAGAUGAAGACGAACAGUGCUGGAAAGAGGAGAACGGCGGUGUGGACUCACAUCACCUGAAUUCCGUCCGGACAGUGCGAGACUCGUCGGGAUAUUACCGAUACAACACGAAAGACACGUUUUCCCAUCGCAGGAUGACCCUGCAGCGGGAGAAAGGUCGUCGGCCUGCGGUGCGCGGCCCGGCGUUCAUGUUUAACGCCCGCGGCAGCAGUCUGACAGCAGAGGAGGAGCGCUUCCUGGACGCGGCGGAGUACGGCAACAUCCCGGUGGUCCGCAAGAUGCUGGAUGAAUCCUCCACGCUUAACGUCAACUGCGUCGAUUACAUGGGUCAGAACGGACUGCAGUUGGCAGUUGGCAACGAGCACCUGGAGGUCACCGAGCUGCUCCUGCGGAGAGACAACCUGGCCCGCGUCGGGGAUGCGCUCUUGCUGGCCAUCUCCAAAGGUUACGUACGCAUCGUGGAGGCCCUGCUGAGCCACCCGUCCUUUGCUGGCAUGGAACGACUGACGCGGAGUCCAUGCGAGCUACGAGACGACGACUUCUAUUCGUACGACGAGGACGGCACGCGCUUCUCGCCCGACAUUACGCCCAUCAUCUUGGCCGCCCACUGUCAGAAGUACGAGGUGGUGCAUAUGCUUCUCAUGAAGGGAGCUCGGAUCGAACGGCCGCAUGACUACUUCUGCAAAUGCGCCGACUGCACAGAGAAGCAAAGGAAAGACUCGUUCAGUCACUCGCGCUCCCGGAUCAACGCGUACCGUGGAUUGGCGAGUCCGGCGUACCUCUCCCUCUCCAGCGAAGACCCUGUACUGACCGCACUGGAGUUGAGCAAUGAACUCGCCAAGCUGGCCAACAUCGAGAAGGAGUUUAAGGAUAAAAAGAAUCGUAAUAAAGAGACGUCGCAGCUCUUCUUUCUGAAUGACUACAGGAGGUUGUCUAUGCAGUGUAAGGAUUUCGUGGUUGGUGUUCUGGACCUGUGCAGAGACACUGAGGAGGUGGUGGCCAUUCUGAAUGGAGAUGUCUCAGCGGAGCUGGAGGAAGGUCAACAUCUUCGCUCGCUGCUCAGCAGAGUCAAACUGGCCAUUAAAUAUGAGGUUAAGAAGUUUGUAGCUCAUCCGAACUGUCAGCAGCAGUUAUUGACGAUCUGGUAUGAGAAUCUGUCUGGUCUUCGGGAGCAGAGCAUCGCAGUGAAGUGUCUGGUGGUGCUGGCCGUGGCUCUGGGGCUUCCGCUGCUCGCUGUGGGCUAUUGGUUGGCCCCGUGCAGUAGGCUUGGUAAAAUCCUGCGCAGUCCGUUCGUGAAGUUUGUUGCCCACGCUGCAUCUUUCAUCUUCUUUCUGUGCCUGCUGGUGUUCAACGCAUCUGACCGCUUCGAAGGCAUCACCACCCUUCCCAACGUGACCGUGACAGAUCAUCCGCUUCAGAUCUUCAGAGUCAAAACCACUCAGUUCACAUGGACAGAAAUCCUCAUCAUGAUCUGGGUAGCAGGAAUGAUGUGGUCGGAGUGUAAGGAACUCUGGACGGAGGGUCCGAGGGAAUACAUCACGCAGCUCUGGAACGUUCUGGAUUUUGGCAUGCUGUCGAUCUUCAUCGCUGCGUUCACCGCCCGGUUCUUCGCCUUCCUGCAGGCCAUGAAAGCUCAGGCGUAUGUGGACGAGAAGAUCCACGCCGCAGACCUCUCGCUGGUCACGCUUCCUCCGGACAUCAAAUAUUUCACAUACGCGAGAGACAAGUGGCUUCCGUCAGAUCCUCAGCUGAUAUCAGAGGGUCUGUACGCCAUCGCGGUGGUCCUGAGCUUCUCUCGCAUCGCUUACAUCCUCCCGGCAAACGAGAGCUUCGGUCCGCUCCAGAUCUCACUGGGACGAACGGUGAAGGACAUCUUCAAGUUCAUGGUCCUCUUCAUCAUGGUCUUCCUGGCAUUCAUGAUCGGCAUGUUCAUCCUGUAUUCUUACUAUCUGGGGGCGAAGGUUAACCCCGCAUUCACCACGGUUGAGGAGAGUUUUAAGACUCUGUUCUGGUCUAUAUUCGGGCUGUCUGAAGUGUCCUCUGUGGUUCUGAAAUACGAUCAUAAAUUUAUCGAGAACAUUGGCUAUGUGCUGUACGGGAUUUAUAACGUCACCAUGGUGGUGGUUCUGCUCAACAUGUUGAUCGCCAUGAUAAAUAGCUCCUAUCAGGAGAUCGAGGACGAUGCAGAUGUGGAGUGGAAGUUCGCUCGGUCCAAACUCUGGCUCUCAUACUUCGACGACGGCAAAACUCUCCCUCCUCCGUUCAGCAUCGUUCCCACCCCCAAGUCUUUCUAUCAGUGUAUCAGAAGAGUGAUCAACCUGCUCCGCUGUCGCAGACGCCGCCUGAAGAAAAACGUGGAGCUGGGAAUGGACAACUCCAAGUCCAGACUCAAUCUCUUCACUCAUUCCAGCCUGAAGAUCCCAGAGUCUCACAGCUUUAACAGCAUCUUAAAUCAACCUACACGCUAUCAGCAAAUCAUGAAGCGUCUCAUCAAGCGUUACGUACUGAAAGCUCAGGUGGACAAAGAGAAUGAUGAAGUGAAUGAAGGUGAGCUGAAGGAGAUAAAGCAAGAUAUUUCCAGUCUGCGAUACGAACUCUUGGAGGAGAAAUCACAGGCUACAGAGGAGCUUUCUCUUCUCAUCCAGAAGCUCAGUGAAAAGCUCAACCCUCAGCCUGUCCACACGCACUGAGCCCACAUCAAUCCUUCAUCAAACGUUUAAUGACGAAUAUAAGCCAUUGCAGAAGAGCGUAUACACUGUGCAACUUCAUCUUCUGUCUCAACUAAUGACAGUGUGUGAUGUGAUGAGACUCUGUGUUGUGAUGAAGAGUGGAAGAUGAGGUAAAUGAGUGUUGGGAAAAAGCCUUUUUUGGCCAGCUGGUGCACUAAAGACUUCAUCUUUAAGAUUAUCUUUAAAUUUCUGAAAAUUCUUGCACUUACCCCAUCUGACAGAUGUUCACAGGCUCUGUUCACAUCCCUGGUCCUGCAUGUCUUAGUCACCAUAAUGUCACAAAUCGACAAAUAGCUGCCGAUUUUUGAACACCACAUUCUUCCUUCUCACUUUUUUCUCGCUCAUUUUUUGCACAAUUUAGCAACGCUACAAGUGAUUUCAGACCAAUAACAUCAGUCUGAACUAGCUUGAAUAAAAUGUACACAUAUCAUUUGGAUUCCAUACACUUUAUAUCAAAUUAAAUCUGAUUUUAAGGACAUCUAGACACACUAUCAAAUAUUCCGUAUUAUACUGAUAAAUCUAACUUAUAAAGAUUAAAUGUAUUUAUUUGUUAUGAUAUUUACUUUAUUUAUUUGGUUAUUACAUUUUUUCGGGAAUUUCAAAACAACUGUGUUCAAGAACUCGAUAUACAACAUGAUUUAUAUGUAGGGAUAUAACGAUUCUGAUCUCACGAUGCGAUUUAAUCACGAUUUUUUACAGAAUGAGUUGAGAAAAAUUUUAAAUGAACAACUGCCCUUUUAUUAUUUCUCUAAUGCUGCACAAUUCUUUGUAAAAUAAAUAUAUAUUUUAUGUCAAAUAACAAAACUCAAUUGCAGUUUUAAAACGAAUUCCAAAUCAAAUAAAAAAUGAAUGAUACAAAAGUCUCUUUAAUAUAAACAAACUAAGACUUUGUGCUUUUCCUAACUUUUACUUUUUUAAGAAAUAUCAGCAUAUCCACGUUUACCAAGUUUGCAGUAAACACAGCGGCCCCUGCUGUUCAAAACAUGUACUGCGAUUUUUAUAACUUCUCAACCGACUUGAAUCGUCACAUAUUAUAAUCGAUUUUCAACCGGCUCACGGUGAAUCGUUACAUCCCUACUGAUAUGUAAUAUGAAUAGCCAAAUAUUCCAGUAAGUACAGUGUACAGUAUUUCUCAAAAACUUUAGGCAGGGACAAAUUCUGUGCCGUUCCUUGCCCAUCUAUCAAUGAAAUGUACGUUGAUAUACAGUACACUUUGCACUCUAUUGCAGUUGUAGAUAGGAUCACAACCUUUAAUAAUAAGAAAACGUCUAAGAACUUCUAGCACAGAUCUAUGCAGGGUAAAUAUCAGUACAAAUGUCACUGUUGUCAUGAUCUAACAUUAAAUAUUAUGAUCCUCAUAAGGCAAGCGUAUAGUUUAAGACGGUAAAUGUGCUGUGUGUGUGAGUCUGAUAUUAUUAUUAUGGUCAAUAGAGGGCGCUGUGUCAUUCCACCAAGUGUAAUACCUCUUAGUUCAAGAUUAUAUUGAUGAAUAAUGUACAUAUAUAUAUAUAUAUAUAUAAAAGCCGUAGAUAUUUCCUGAUAGACACCGUAUAUCUUUAAUAGUACUCUGGUCUGUAUGUAGGCCGGAUUUGCCCUCAAAUAUGUGUUUUUGCUCGUAUUUCCUUUUGAUUAUGUAUUAAAGCUAUGCAUUUCAUAAAAUGUAUCAAUUAAUGAUUUAAGAGAUAAACCUCAGAUGACACGUCUAUAUGUAUAUUACUGUAGUGCUAUAGCAUAGAGACUUUAAAUUGGAAAUGUUCAUCUUUUUCUAUAUAAAAUCUAUUUA